UAAGGACAUCCACCUCUCCACGUUCGGUUCCUUUCGCCUCCUCCGGCCGAAGGCAGUGGGAAGCUACAGGAAUGCGGAGGAGGGAAAAAGAGAGUGCGUCCACGCCUUGGCCAUAGAGAUGCCCAAGACUGGCGUAGCGGUGACAGCGAUUUCUGGGGAGCAACUCUUACUAGGAGGGUCUCUUGGGCAACGUAGCGGACAGCCCCGGGUUAGGGCAGGGAGGUUCCUGUACGGCGGCCCGGCAUGGGCAGAUUCCGCGGUGUUGGGCCGCGCCACAACCGCACACAGACCGCUCCGCAGCAAGAAACCACUCGGCAUCGGGCUCUAGACCGGCGAUCCUCAGGAGGACCACUGCGGCUCGAGAAUUUACUUCUCUCGCGAGAAUAUCAGAGAUCCGGUCAGCGCUCUCGCUCACGCGGUUGCCAAGGCAACUGGGCGGUUCCUGCGCGAGCGGGAAGGAAGGGUCUGUCGAAUUUUUGCCUGCUAGCCUGGGAGACUUGAGGAGUGGCUGUCCCUGAUCUGCCAGCCACGAAGACCACGGCCUCUGCUGCAGGUGGUAACCCUGUACCUGGCGGCCAUGGGCCGUAUCUCAGGGCUCGUACCCUCUCGCUUCCUGACGCUCCUGGCGCAUCUGGUGGUCGUCAUCACCUUAUUCUGGUCCCGGGACAGCAACAUCCAGGCCUGCCUGCCCCUCACGUUCACCCCCGAGGAGUACGAGAAGCAGGACAUUCAGCUGGUGGCAGCGCUCUCUGUCACUCUAGGCCUCUUUGCCGUGGAGCUGGCCGGUUUCUUCUCAGGAGUUUCCAUGUUCAGCAGCACCCAGAGCCUCAUCUCUAUCGGGGCUCAUUGUAGUGCAUCUGUGGCCCUGUCGUUUUUUAUAUUCGAUCGUUGGGAAUGCACUUCAUACUGGUACAUUUUUGUCUUCUGCAGCUCCUGAUGCCAGCACAGUGUCUGGCAUUGUAGAAAGCAAGAGCAUCCAUUAACAAAUGAAGAACAUGAGGCCCAAAGAAAAGCCAUCCACUUCAAGACGUCACACAGAUAGGGAGAGUGGGGCUAGAACCCAGGUCUCCUGGUGUCAGGCCAAGUCCAUUGACUCAAUUCAAGAAGUGUUUAUUGAGCACAUUCUCCCUGCCAGGCUCUGAGCUGGGCAUGUGAUUAUGGAGGGAAAUAAGGAAGAUGUGGCUUCUUGCUAACCACACUGUUUGGAGGGCGACCUUCACCCCCCACACCAAAUAGAGGAGUUUGUAAACCCCAGUGAGUCCCUCAUGCAUGGGGGUUGCAGAGUGAGGAUCUGGGACCAAGAGGCCUGCCAGACUCCCAGUUCCAGAAGACUGUUCUGCCUAUGUCUUCUCUGCCCACACUGGGCUCUGGCAUGUGGCUCCCUACUACCCUCACCCACAGUACUGUGCUCCCAGGGGCCUGAGGCCUGGGCCUGCCCUGCUAGUAGCAAGGGAUCAGGGCUUCUUCAUCAGCCCAAACAGGGCUGUCCUCACAGGAGCAGUGGGCACACGGGUCCUACCCAAACCCAUCCACUUCAAACAGGUGUCUAUGAGUCCCCAUUAGCAACCAUUUGCCUGCUAAGCUGGAUUCUUUUAUAAAAAACAUUCCUCACUGAGACCAUAGUUCACUGUCAUUCAUUGUUCAUUUUUCUGCCGUCUUUCUGGUACUGUGCAUGGUACUUGAGCAGGGAGAACUACACAGAUUAAAAAGAUACUACUUUAUGUAUGUAUACAAAAACUUUAAAGAGUUAUCAUUCCACAUGUGAAAAAAGGUUGAUGAACCAAUAAAAAAGCCCCUAUCAAGGCAUUUCUCUGAGCCUCAAUGUUUCCUCAAAUGUAAAAUCAAGACAAUACCUACGUCACAGGAUUGUCAUGAGGGUUGAUUGAUCAUGGGAGGCAUUUACAGUAAUGUUCCUAAGACCACUGCUGUAACAGCAAAAAAAUUGGAAACUACCUAAAAGUUGGUCCUUGAAAAACUAGUUAAAUAAACUGUGGUUAAGACUUCUGGUUAUAUGUGGAAGAUUGGCCAUGAGGAUUUGUCUUCUCUCCCUUCCAAAAUGUAACUAAAUAACAGGAGAGAUGUCAAAGAGGCAUAAAUCUACAAGGACUCAGAAGAAGACAGCAGUGGACACAAGACUCUGACAAGACUUUGGAGGCUGGGCAGUGGGAGAAGGAUGGUGCCAGACCAAGCAGGGCAAAGGGAGUCAGGACACGAUGCUCAGAGAUUAUGGAAGUCCCCAGACCCUGGGUUAGGACCUGGCUGAGCACAGGGGGUAGCUGAGACCCUGUGUUUAACGUGUGGAGACUCCUGGGGCUCCCCUACCUCUUACACUUGAGUCAUACACACCACCCCUCUGCACGCUCACUUUCAGGAGGCUUUGGUCUUGGUGACACCAGACCCAGGAGAGGUGUGGCUUGAGGCUAGAAACAGGAGCUUCCACAGCUGCAGAUCUAGCCCCUGCCCCCAAACGCACAUAUCAGCAGGAAUGGAGAAUGGAGGAUAUUCUCUCAAAAAACUGGCCUGAGAGAACCUGCCACCACCUAUCAACAAAUUUCCCCCCAAAAAAGGAUACAUGAAACUUUCCAGAAAGUAAAACAAAAACACAAAUGAGUUGGGAGUGGUCAAGGGAACCUCACUUAGCUUUAUGUCCAAUGUUUUAAUAUUCUGCAAGGAGAAUGCAAUCACAUUAUUUGUGUAAUUAAAAAAAACGGAGCCCAUGUGGUAACACAUGUAACGUGUCUGGCAUAGUAGAUCUCUGAUAGUUUCUCUUCCCUCCAGGAGCCCAGGGCUUGGCAGGAAGACCCCAAAGCUUUCUGGACAGAACUCAGCCAGAAGUCAUAGGGUUUGAAUAGCUGAUUGUGAUAGUGGUGUGGCUAGCCCCUCAAUCCCCAUUUCAACAUUCCCAAGGGCAUGCUUCUGUUCCAGAUUAGAAGGUAUUUUACCAGAUGUGUUGAGGGACACACAAGGUCUCUGAAAUUAAUUACUAGUUUGGUCAGGUUUGACUGAUGUGGAUGGACCAAGUUCAUGAAUCAGUGUGGGAAUGACCCAGCCCCCUUCUAUCCCAACAUCUAAGUUAGUUAAGCUAUUAGAAGAGGAAAAUACAAUAAAAGAAACCCUUUAUUAAAACCUUUAUUAAAGGUUUUCUUCGUGUUGCCUACAUCAGAAUCACUGGAGGUGCUUGUAAAGAAGUGAGCUUGCCACCCUCCCCCACAUCUUUUGAAUGAGCCUUGGGAAUGGGGCCCAGAGAUUUGGCUGCAAACCCAUGACGCAGGUAAACCU